AUGAUUACAAAGUUUAUACUAAUUGGUAUCGGUGCUGUAGCAGCUAUUGCAUUCGGCCUUGGUAUCAUUAUUGGUCAUUUUGCGAUAAAAAAACCAACAAGUAGCACAACAGGAAAGUAUGAUUAUCUGACACGUAACGUAGAUCAACAAAAUUAUAAGACUUUUAUUUCUUCUAUUCAAUCAGCAAAUAUUGAAGCGAAUCUCAAAGAUCUUACUUCACGUCCACAUUUGGGUGGUCUACCUGAAGAUUUAGCUAGUGCUAUUGUCAUAGAACAACGAUGGAUAAAUGAUGGACUGAAAGUUACAAAACCAAAAUAUAAUGUUCUUCUUUCUUAUCCAGAUGAUAACUAUCCAAAUCGAGUUACCCUUACUAGUGGUUCUGGUACUAUCAUUAUUCAAACAAGUGGUACGGAACAAGUCUAUGAUACAACACAACCGAAAACAGUUAAUCCAUUUCUUGCAUAUACACCUAAUGGUACUGUUUCUAGUACUAAAUUAUAUUAUGGUAACUAUGGUCGACUUGAAGAUAUUGAAUAUUUAGCAUCGAUUGUUGGAAAUGCUAGUUUACAAGGUAGUAUUAUUAUUAUGAGAUAUGGUAAAAUUUAUCGAGGAGAUAAAAUAAUGAAUGCUCAGUAUUAUGGAGCAGCUGGUGCAAUAUUAUAUAGUGAUCCAAUUGAUUAUGCUCCAUUUGGAACAUCAGCAGAUCAAGUAUAUGAUCAGAAAUGGUAUAUGCCACCAAGUGGUAUACAAAGCGGAUCUACAUAUACUUCCAAUGGUGAUCCUUUGACACCUAUUUAUCCUUCGACAGACUAUAUGUACAGGAUAGGUGAAGAAGAAGUGAAUUCUAUUCCGAAAAUUCCUGCUCAACCCAUUGGCUAUGGCGAUGCACAAGUGAUACUUCAGUAUUUACAAGGUGAUAACGUAACAAAAGAUUGGAGUGGAUCAUUACCAAAUAUGGCUUAUCGUUAUGGUGGAAUUCUUCGAGAUUCAGCAGAUGCUUGGAGUUUGGGCGCAUUGGAUCCAAGUAGUGGAACUGCAGUUUUACUCGAAAUUACUCGAGCAAUAGGUGAAAUGUAUAAGAAUGGAUUUCGACCACGACGUAGUUUAAUGUUUUGUUCAUGGGGUGCUGAAGAAUAUGGACUCACAGGAUCAGUCGAAUAUGUUGAGGAAUAUGUUAAAGUACUUGGUGCUCGUAUCAUUUCAUACUUAAAUGUAGAUGUUGCAGUUGAAGGAAAUUAUAAACUUGGUGUAAACACUUCUCCACUGUUGUUUGAUAUUAUUAUUGAAGCAUCGAAAAUGGUUCCAAGUGCAUAUGAUCUUGCUGAUCAAACUGUUUAUGAUAAAUGGAUGAGAAUUGAUCGAAAUAAUAUUACCAAUGAACCUAAUAUCAACUAUGGUCUUGCAGCGGGUAGUGACUAUUUCGGUUUUGUUCAAUUGGUUGGUUCAUCAAAUAUAGAUGCAACAUAUACAUUCGAUUCGACUCUACAUAGAAAUAUAGAUUCAUAUCCACUUUAUCAUACAUCGUAUGAAGUGUUUUCGAUGAUGAAAAAAUUUAUUGAUCCUGAUUUUACAGCACAUAGAACAAUGGGACAAUUUAUGGGUGUUUUAAUAUUAAUUUUAUCAGAAACACCUGUUCUUCAAUUAAAUGUUACACGUUAUACAUCUGCUCUUAGACAAGCAAUGAAUAAUCUUAAAAUAAAUGAUUCUACAAUUCUUAAUCCACUUCGAACUGCAAUUGAUAAUUUUGAUGAAAUUGCUCAAGAUUUUGUUAGACGAUCAAAAGUAAUGGAUACGGAAAAUCCAUAUAUAAUUCGUGCAUAUAAUGAUCAAUUAUUCCAAUUAGAACGGGCAUUCUUAAAUCCAUUAGGACAGGAUAGUGACCAUACUGAUUUGAAACAUAUCAUUUAUGCUCCAUCUAAAACUAAUCAAUAUGGUGUACUUGGUUUUCCUGCUAUUAUAGAUGCAAUUGCUAGUAGUAACAAAACAGAAAUUAAUAAUCAAAUAGCUAUAGCUACUUUCUUUGUGCGUGGUGCUUUAUCUACACUAAAAGAAUUUGAUAAUUUUUUUUCGUAA